AUGGACGCCACCCCCCAGGGGUCUCUGCUGCCGGCUACUCUCUUCUCCACGUGCUGCUGUGUCCACGGGGGAAGGGCGCUGACACCAGAGCACCAGUGCUCUCGGUCAGGCCACAGGGAGGACUUCUGCUGGAAAUUUCCUAAUGGUCAGCCCCGGGCCCUGGGGCGCUUCCCCUGCCUUUCCACAGCUUCCCUUUCCUUCUCCUUUGCAAGCUUCUCCAGGAGAACAGUCUCCGGGCCUGCACGGCGCAAAGGAUGGCGGGCGUCGCGAGGGCAGGGAGCGCUCCACGCGGUCGAAGAAGCCCAAGAGCGCCCAGCCCAGCGGCUUCAGGAGGCCCCCUCCGGGCCCGCGUGCUUUGCCCCCCCGCCCCCGGCGCCUCGCCCCCGGGCCUACGUGGAGAAGGACGGCCGCUGCAACGUGCAGCAGGGCAACGUGCGCGAGACCUACCGCUACCUCACCGACCUGUUCACCACGCUGGUGGACCUGCAGUGGCGCCUCAGCCUGCUCUUCUUCGUGCUGGCCUACGCGCUCACCUGGCUCUUCUUCGGCGCCAUCUGGUGGCUGAUCGCCUACGGCCGCGGCGACCUGGAGCACCUGGAGGACACGGCGUGGACGCCCUGCGUCAACAACCUCAACGGCUUCGUGGCCGCCUUCCUCUUCUCCAUCGAGACCGAGACCACCAUCGGCUACGGGCACCGCGUCAUCACCGACCAGUGCCCCGAGGGCAUCGUGCUGCUGCUGCUGCAGGCCAUCCUGGGCUCCAUGGUGAACGCCUUCAUGGUGGGCUGCAUGUUCGUCAAGAUCUCGCAGCCCAACAAGCGCGCCGCCACGCUGGUCUUCUCGUCGCACGCCGUGGUGUCGCUGCGCGACGGGCGCCUGUGCCUCAUGUUCCGCGUGGGCGACCUGCGCUCGUCGCACAUCGUGGAGGCCUCCAUCCGCGCCAAGCUCAUCCGCUCGCGCCAGACGCUGGAGGGCGAGUUCAUCCCGCUGCACCAGACCGACCUCAGCGUGGGCUUCGACACCGGCGACGACCGCCUCUGUGGAGAAAAACCAAAGGCCCACGAGGGGGCGCUGUUCCUGCCGCCGACGCGCGAGCUCACGUUGCUCCCGCAGGCUUCUCUCGAACUGGUGCCUUCGGGCCUUUUCCCUGGCCUCUGCUCCAGGCCUCCACCCGGCCCCCUCGAUGUCCCCCGUUCCUCCUUCGCGCGGAGCGGGCUAUGUCCCCGGGCCAGGUGCUCAGUGUUGACAGCCGGAGACUGGGUAGCUCACGGGUUCACCCUUCCGGUUCUCCCCUGUUCUGAGAUGGGUAUGGGCUGCCCCCUGGGGCAGAAGCGGAAUGACCUGCCCUGGGAAGGCACCAACCCUACGGAGAAGACGGGGGAUGGGAUGGUGCUUGGAAUGACAUGCCAAGCUCGGAGCUCCUAUCUGGUGGACGAGGUACUCUGGGGCCACCGCUUCACAUCAGUGCUGACCCUGGAGGACGGUUUCUACGAGGUGGACUAUGCCAGCUUCCACCAGACCUUUGAGGUGCCCACGCCCUCGUGCAGCGCCCGGGAGCUGGCUGAGGCUGCAGCCCGCCUGGACGCCCAUCUCUACUGGUCCAUCCCCAGCCGGCUGGAUGAGAAGGUGGAGGAGGAGGGAGCGGGAGAGGGAGCAGGCGGGGAAGCUGGGGCUGACAAGGAGCAGAAUGGCUGCCUGCCACCCCCAGAGAGUGAGUCCAAGGUGUGACCAGCUUCCUCCAGACCCCCGUGGCAGACCAGGGGCCAGACACAGGUGCAUGGGGAGCUGGAUAUCAGAGCCGGAGGGGGAGGCAGGCGAGGCCCUGGAAAUGUGCUAAAGUGGGAGAGGCCCCUAGAGCCUCCAGGCCAGGCCCCAAUAUGGAAGGAAGGCGUCCUGAUUCAGGGCGCUGGAGGGUGAACACACCAGUCUGGUCUGUGUUUGACCUUCACGUCUGUUCAUGGGUGGGUGGAUGGACAGAAGGAUGGACUUUUGGGGGUUGUAUGGGAAGGUGGUGGCAGGUGAAGGACUGGGAGGUGCACUCAGGGCUGUCACUGACCUGUAGAGCAACUUUGUGCAAUUGUGGAAAGCCCCCCUUUCCUCCACACAGAUGCAGCCCCAAACCAGGGUACAUGGCUCAGGGAGCAGAGUGGGGCGUGGGGUGCAGUCCCCCCUCGCCUCUCCACCAGCUUGUGUAUGGCACGUGCGUCCAGUGGGGACAGUGGCAGAGACAGAGGAGAGGAAGCUGAAUGGAGGUGGGCAUGGAUGGGGGGGCCUCCCAGCUCUACCCCUGCCACUUUGACCGGCUAUGUGGAGGCUCUGGUGGCGGUGGGGGGGAGGCUGCUCAGCAAGGUGUGGGCAGCCUUAGUCCUCAGGUACAGGGAAGCAAGCAGUGGGGGAGAUGCCGGAGUUGGGGCCCUGGAGCAGGGUCUGGGAGAGGAAACCGGGAGUCUACUUUCUGACACUAGAUGAGACAUUACAGGCGCCACUGCAGAGGCAGGGAGGAAGAGUGGUUCUGAGGACAAAGGGCCGGGGAGAGAUCUGGGAGGUGGGUUACUGGCAUCACCAAAGGAGAGGAGGGAGAUUAAGAGGAGCUGGGCUACAGAGCUGGGACACAGGGGGCCACUGGGAAAGCAGUUUGUUCUUGGGUAUAGUCAUUCACAUCACUGGGUGCAUGUGGGGUGGACAUUCAAAGACCUGGUUCCUGUCUCGGAAUCCAGGGCACAUUGGAACACAGGAGUCUUCUCUGGUGACAGAGAGAGGCUGCAGUCUCUUGGAACUGAGGGUGGGAGGGGUUUGGUAAUCAAAGAGCUAGGGCUUGAGCAAGGCUUCGGAAUGACGUGAUCAGCAGUUAGGAAACCUGUGUGCAUCAGAAUCACCUGGAGGGCUUGUUAAAACACAUUUCUGGGCUCCACUUCCAGGAUUUCUGACUCAGUAGGUCUGGGGUGGAGAUCAAAAAUGUGCAUUUCUAACAAGUUCUCAUGUCAUGCUGCUGCCGCUGAAUGGGAGGUCACACUUUGAGAACCACCCCUCUAAGCAGGCUUAGAGGUCGGCUCAGGAGAUGGGGCCAAAGCUGAGAAACUGAGGAUUCUCGUGAGUGCGGUUGAAGAAAAGUGAAGCUUGGGCUGCUGUGUGGGGAAAGGGGACCUGAUACCCAGGCUGAAGAGUUUAACUUCAGGCCCAGGAUCUCAGCCAUCAGCAGAAACAGUGACAACAGGAGGUGGUGUCUGGGAAGAUGAGCAGGCCAGGUAGACAGGACGAGAUGGUUGGAAGGACGAGGGGGCUCCAGGGAGACCGUGGGGAGCUCAGGCAGGAAGGGCUUCGGGGGCGAAGGACUGGAGAGACAGGCCUGGGAACGGGAGAAAGUCUGAGAGAAGCCAGGGUGGUCCACACAUCGGGAUGCGUCUGAAGCCCCUGGAGACAGGGAUUCCCACCUCACCUCCACACUUCCUGGUGUCAACCCCAUCACCAGUGGCGGCCCCCUGAAUGGUGAGAGGAGCACAGUGGCAAGUUGAGAGGGGCAGAGGGUGGAGGGGACCCAAGGCUGGCUUCCCAGAGAGAAGGGUGGGCCCAGGUGAGCCCACCCUCUGGCAGGGAGGGGCGUCCUUGCCAACCAAGGACCUCCUUCCUUGGCCUGACCACACCCCAUUCCUGUCCUUUAAUACAAGUCUGAGCCCCUGGGAGAUGCACCCCAGUCUGCUCUGUGCCAGGCUGGACGCUGGGUUCCUAUGGGCACCGUGCCUCCUGGAAGCAGGAAAGGGGGUCCCAACUUGGGUGCACUCCGAGGACCCAAGUCCCGGUCCUUUCUAUUCAGUCUAGACAGGUCACAGCCAUCUGGGUCACCCUCAGUCAAAGAUGAGAUCCCUGAACCUGGCAUUGGCUGAUCCCUCAAGAAGAGAUGUUAGGGUGAGGAAUGGGGAUUCAUUUGGGUUAAUCUCAGUGAACCAGGUGGAGUCUGGACAAGAAGGGUGGGCUGACUGGUAUUCACGCACACACAGAGUGGUUCAGCUAUUGCACUGGACAGAGAAACCAAGGUGGGAAUAGGCUCCUUCCUGCCCCCCAGAAAUCUCGGAGACCCCGCCACACCUCUCCUCGCCACUGUCACCACUCAGGGCACCACUGUACAGUGCAAAGAGUCAGGAGUUCUGGGUUCUAGUCCUGACACUGAUGCUAAUUUGUUUUAUGACUCUUGGCAACACACAUCACAUCUCUGGGCCUCAAUUUCCUCAUCUGUAAAAAUGACAUUUAGCAAACUAGUAGUGCUCAAUAAAUGUUUAAAUCA